GCGCGUGUUUUGCGCCAAAACGGCGCCAUUUUGUGUUUGUAAAUUCGUGAUCUCUUUUUUUUUUUAUCCAUUUGUUUUGUUAUUAAAGUAAAGAAAAACACCAAUCGUUCCCAAAAAUGAGUAGCAUGGUGGACAAACAAGAGAUCAUCGACAUGAUCCGGCUGAAAUCUCCACGUUUGGAAUUGGUUUCAUUCGAAGCGGGUAAAUCGGAAGCUUGGCGUUGGUUUAAACGAGUCCGAGUUGAUGGUGCUGUAUUACCCUAUGCUGUUUGUAAUGGAUGUUUUAAACCUGUACAUUACACACCGCGAGAUGGUACUGGCGGGCUGAGACGACACGCUUGCCCACUCACGGUGGCGAUGGCACAAGCCAAGUCGGGUUUGACCCAGUCCAAAACGCCCUCACCAAACAGUGGCGCCCGAAAACAAAAUCGAAACGGUUCGGGAGCGGCAACUCCCGAUAACAACGGAACAUCAACGUCGUCGGUGGCGUCAUCGCCUCGUUCUCGAAAUGCUGGAGGUGGUGGUGGUGGUGGUGGCAACAAUCCUCGACGUUCAGCAACCGUUCCUGUUAGCUUGACCAUGUGGGCCGCAGAAAAAGGCCUAGUCGAUUUGAGCAAUUCUGCUGGAUUGCCAUCUGGCGGUUUGUCGAUUGCCAGCGCAUUCGCUGCCCUUCAGGGCAUCGUCCCGCGAUGUUCCCCCUACCUCACCUCAUCCUCUUCCUCAGCCAACAACCCUCAGGCACAUCAGCAACUACUGCAGCUCCCGCCGAUCUCCGAACACCACCCCCUACACCAGCAGAAUCACCACCAUCAUCACCACCAUCGCUCCAAUGGGUCACCCAAGAUGGCCGACUCUGCACUCGAUUUGGCCAUGAAGAAAUCAUCAUCGCCUACCGAAGAACUCGAACGUGAUGAUGACGAUGACGACACAACUAUUCCUUCAGAAGGACGUAAAGCUCAAAGCAUUGUAGAUCACAUUUUGCUCAAUAUUAGCCAUCAAGCUAAAUUAGAGCAAUCUGUCAAUGGCGGAUCGUCUUCCACCACUAUAAAAGACGCCAAUCAAAAUGAACAAACUUCGCGAUUUUCUAUUGUUCCUGCAUCACGUUCUUCAUCGGGAUCUACACGAAGGCCGAGAAAGAGAUCGAAUCCCGAUCGUGCCAUCCCCUCCAAUCGUACUUUUGUUAGCAAUGGCAGCUCAAAUGGUGGCAGUCAUCAUCCCGACAUUGAAGCCAAUUUACAAAUGCUUGCACAUGUGGCUAAUGAACCACCAGCCGUUAAACGGGAAAGAAUUUCCAGUCCCGUUGACCACCAUCUUGUCGACAGCUACCGAUAUCAGAGUAGGUCCAACUUUGUGAAACAAUUUGUUGAGGCUAUUAUUGAUGGCGUCUCUCCAUUAGUGAACGGUGGUCAGUUGACGCCAACCAGCCAGCAUUCCGUGCCUAGUCCCGCCGAAGAAGAUGGCGAUCACCCGGCCAGCACGAGCAGCUCAGCCGGUUCAUCGACUUCAUCGGCCCGAAAAUCGGGUACCUCAUCGCCUGCUCAAUUUGCUCAUCAUGUACCUGCUCAUCUUACUGUGCCAUCAUCCGCUGCUGAAAAUAAUAACAAUUCUACGACAUCGUUGGUCAGCUACGCUCAUCCUUCAAGUCCGACUGUAUUGUCUAAGCCUGUUGAAAGCUUUGUGGCCGCCAUGCAUCAAGUUCUUCAGGGAUCGCCCCAGUGUUCAUUAGCCGAUGCGGCUCAACUUAUUCAGCUUAAUGAUCUCACAACGUGCCUUCACUCCCUCCUCGAUCUUCACAAAAAGUCCCUCGCUGUUUCUGACUUGAAAAUGCCAGUCCCCGAUCUGCAAAAACCUGCCCCAGUUUUCAAAGGUACCGCAGUUGUGGAUGGACAGUUCAAGGAAAUCUCACUUGAAGACUACAAGGGCAAAUAUGUCAUUUUGUUCUUCUACCCCCUUGACUUCACAUUUGUCUGCCCUACUGAAAUCAUUGCCUUCUCGGACCGUGCCGAAGAGUUCCGCAAAAUCAAUUGCGAGCUAGUCGCCUGCUCCACCGACAGUCAUUUUUGCCACUUGGCUUGGGUAAAUACCCCUCGCAAGCAAGGUGGGUUGGGCUCCCUCAACAUUCCUCUAUUGGCCGACAAGUCAGCCGCCAUCUCCAAGUCGUAUGGAGUAUACAAGGAAGACGAGGGUCUCACCUUCCGUGGUCUUUUCAUCAUUGACGAGGAGCAAAGACUGCGCCAAGUCACUAUUAAUGACCUACCUGUCGGUCGCAGCGUUGAUGAAACUCUGCGUCUAGUCCAAGCUUUCCAGUUCACUGACAAACAUGGAGAAGUUUGCCCUGCUGGUUGGACACCUGGCAAGAAAUCCAUGAAGGCUGAUCCAGCUGGAAGCAAAGAAUACUUUGAAGCUUCUCAGUGAAAUGAUUCUCUCCCCUUUACCUGACCUCGGAUAUUCCGCAACUUUCAAUUGAUUUUGUCUUUUUUCCUCCUGCCACUCUGGCCUAUUUGUAGUAUCUAGAUUGAAAUAUCAAAUCUCCUUGUUAUUACAUGGGUUUAAAAUGAGAGUAAUCAUUCCUAGAAAGAAAGAGAGAAAGGCUCGUUGGCGGAAACGGUUGCCUAAACAUUGUUUUAUGUGUCAUGGUGCAAAUUUCCGCCAACUAUGUCUUUGAUUUGUGGCCUACUUUAUAUUUGGUGAUGUAGCUGUGAAAACUAAAAGGAAUGCGAAUAAACAAUACAUAUUCAACCCGUAA